GGAUCCGCAGAUUUCACAGAUCGACGAGUAGCAUGAAUGUAGAAUGGUUGGGCUAUGGUCCAGUGGCGUCCUCGCUUCUCGACGAUAGUAAUACGACGAGUAUGUGGGCGUAUGCAGUUUUGCGGCUUAACGGUCAACGUGGACUCUCACAUUCAUAUGCCGAAGAGAAUCAUCAUGUAUUUUGGAUAUGGAGCUGAUUAUGAUCCGCCAUCCUUGCUGUGAACAUGUUCCUCGACCGCACUGCGGCCAGUUGAACCAAUGGCUGGCUAUCCUAUUCGCAUUCGAAUAGGAAAGAUGACCCUUUUCGCACUGCUGGGAUAAA